AUGGAUUUAACAGGCUAUAUAAUACUUAUAGCUGAAACAGCUGAGAAAUUACAGGAUCUCAUACUCUUUAUUUCAGGAUCACCAGCAGACCGUGUUGAUCUAUCAGUUGGAGAUGAAAUAGUAGAAGUCAAUGGUAUGUUGGUAGAAAAAUGUUCUCAUUCUGAGGUUAUAGCCCAGAUUCAUAAGGUCAGUAGCUGA